ACAGCAAAGACAAAGUGUCUCUCUUCCAGUCAUGGCUACCCAUUCAACCGAAGAGCCGUUCCCCUUUCACGGGCUGCUUCCCAAAAAAGAGACCGGCGCCGCGUCUUAUCUCAGCCGCUUCCCCGAGUAUGACGGCCGAGGGGUUCUCAUCGCGAUCAUGGACACCGGCGUUGACCCAGGGGCGCCCGGCAUGCAGGUGACAACAGAUAUGAAGCCAAAGCUUGUUGAUAUCAUUGACACAACAGGUAGUGGUGAUGUAAACAUGGCCACGGUGGUGGAACCGAAAGAAGGGACAAUCACUGGCCUUUCUGGUAGAAUACUGAAGAUCCCUCCUGCUUGGGUCAACCCAUCAGGGAAGUAUCACAUUGGAGUUAAAAAUGGCUAUGAGUUCUUCCCUAAGGCCCUUAAAGAAAGAAUACAGAAAGAAAGGAAGGAGAAGAUGUGGGACCCAGCACAUAGAGCAGCACUAGCUGAUGCCUGUCGCAGGACAGAAGAGUUUGAUCUCUCACACCCAACUCCAUCACAGGUAGAGAAGUUACAAAAGGAAGAGUUGCAAAGUCAGUCAGAGCUGCUUGUCUCUCUAGAAAAGAAAUACAGUGAUCCCGGUCCUGUGUAUGACUGUAUUCUUUGGCAUGAUGGUGUCACAUGGAGGGCUGUAAUGGACACCUCUGAGUGUGGAGAUUUGUCCCAGUGUACUGUGCUGAGCUCCUACAGAGAGUCACAAGAGUAUGCAACAUUAGGGAAUGCUGAGAUGCUAAACUACUCUGUGAAUAUUUAUGACGAGGAAACAACACUCUGCAUUGUCACGAGUGGAGGGGCUCAUGGGACACAUGUUGCAAGCAUCGCAGCAGGUUACUUCCCUGAAGAACCAGAGCGAAAUGGGGUUGCCCCUGGUGCUCAAAUCUUAGCUCUGAAGAUUGGAGACACUCGGCUCAGUACCAUGGAAACGGGCACAGGACUUAUUCGAGCGAUGAUUGAGGUGAUCAACUACAAGUGUGACCUGGUUAACUACAGCUAUGGGGAAGCCACCCACUGGCCAAAUUCAGGGAGGAUUUGUGAGGUUAUCACAGAGGCAGUGCAGAAGCACAAUGUGAUAUUUGUUUCAAGUGCAGGAAAUAACGGCCCCUGCCUCUCCACAGUCGGCUGCCCCGGAGGAACCACCAGCAGUGUCAUAGGGGUUGGAGCUUAUGUGACCCCAGACAUGAUGGUGGCUGAGUAUUCCCUGAGAGAGAAGCUGCCUCCCAACCAGUACACCUGGUCCUCCAGGGGCCCCAGUACAGACGGUGCACUAGGUGUAAGCAUAAGUGCUCCUGGUGGGGCUAUUGCAUCUGUACCCAACUGGACUCUUCGUGGUACUCAGCUAAUGAACGGCACGUCUAUGUCAUCCCCCAACGCCUGUGGAGGCAUUGCUCUCGUCCUCUCCGGAUUAAAACAGCAGGGAAUACAUCCCUCUGUUCCUGGAGUGAGGAGAGCACUGGAAAACACAGCUCUGAAGGUUGAUGACAUUGAGGUGUUUGCACAAGGCCAUGGGAUCAUUCAGGUGGAUAGGGCAUUAGACUACCUCACACAAAAAUCCUCCUUACGCACCAGCCAUCUGGGUUUCUCAGUAACUGUGGGAACACAGAGAGGCAUCUACCUCAGGGAUCCAGCACAACUUUUGUCCCCCUCAGACCAUGGAGUAGGAAUAGAACCAAUCUUCCCAGAAAACACAGAAAACACUGAGCGAAUAUCCUUGCAGCUACACUUGGCCCUCACGUGUGCAGCCCCAUGGGUUCAGUGCCCAUCUCAUCUAGAGCUGAUGAACCAGUGUCGUCACGUCAAUGUCCGUGUGGAUCCUGUCGGCAUGAGGGAGGGAGUGCACUACACGGAGGUAUGUGGUUAUGACACAGCUGCACCUGGUUGUGGGCCACUGUUCAGAGUCCCCAUCACAGUUAUUAUUCCCACCAAGGUAGCAGAGAGUCGUAAUCAUGAGCUGAGUUUCAAAGAUGUCCACUUCAGACCAGGACAGAUCAAACGCCACUUCAUCACAGUGCCUCAGGGAGCCUCCUGGGCAGAGAUCACGCUGACUUCUCAUUCUGGAGAUGUUUCCUCAAAAUUUGUUCUGCAUGCGGUGCACCUCGUUAAACAGAAAGCGUACCGAGCUAAUGAAUUCUACAAGUUCUCGUCACUUUUGGAAAAAGGCUCACUAACUGAGGCCUUCUCUGUGCUGUCAGGUAAGAUUGUUGAACUGUGCAUUGCACGCUGGUGGGCGAGUCUGGGAGAUGUCACAGUGGACUACAACAUCUCUUUCCACGGGCUUAGUAUUUCUCCUUCACCGCUGCACAUUCAUGCGUCAGAGGGAGUUACAAACUUUAAUGUGUCAUCGCCAUUGAGGUAUGAGGAAGUGUCUCCGACUAUCACCCUCAAGUCUUGGGUUCAGCCUCUCAGGCCUUUAAGUUCAAAGAUAAAGCCUUUAGGAGGGAGGGAUGUUCUACCCAACAACCGACAACUUUACGAGAUUAUUCUCACUUACAGUUUUCACCAGCCGAAGAGUGGGGAAGUCACACCUAGCUGUCCUUUGUUGUGUGAGUUGCUGUAUGAGUCUGAGUUUGACAGUCAGCUGUGGAUGCUGUUUGAUCAGAACAAGAGACUACUGGGUUCAGGUGAUGCCUACCCACAUCAGUAUUCUCUUAAACUGGAAAAGGGCGACUACACAGUGCGCCUGCAGGUGCGCCAUGAAUUGUCGAGUGAGCUGGAGCGCUUAAAAGACCUGCCGUUUGUUGUCUCCCACCGUCUGUCUGCCACCCUCAGCCCAGAUAUCUAUGAGACGCACCGAGUGGCCCUCAUGGCCAAGAAGAAGGCAAACUCUGUCACCCUGUCACCAGGGGCCACGCAGCAUUUCUAUGUCACAGCCUUGCCGGAUGACAAGAUUCCAAAAGGGACAAGUACAGGAUGCUAUCUUUCAGGGUCUCUUGUUGUGGCGAAGAGUGAAUAUGGAAAGAAAGCAGGGCAGUCCUCUGCAAAACGACAAAGAAAGUUUAAAAAGGACCUUGUUUCAGUAAUCUACCACCUAAUCCCCACACCCAACAAAGCAAAGAAUGGAGGGAAGGAGAAAGAUAAGGAUGCUGACAAAGAGAAAGACUUAAAAGAGGAGUUUUCUGAAGCCAUGAGAGACUUGAAGAUUCAGUGGAUGACAAAGUUGGACUCCAGCUCACUCUAUGAUGACCUGAAGGAAACGUACUCUGAUUACCUUCCUCUACAUGUGCAAAGACUUCAUCAGCUGGACUCUGAAAAGGAGCGUGCGAAACGUCUUGGGGAGGUGGUCUCGGCUGCUGACAUGGUCAUCUCCCACAUUGACCAGACAGCGCUGGCUGUCUACUUCACCAUGAAGACGGACCCUCGACCUGAUGCUGCUUCCAUUAAGACUGACAUGGAGAAGCAGAGGUCGUCUCUGCUAGACGCGCUGUGCAGGAAGGGCUGCGCUCUGGCUGACCAGCUCAUGACUGUCGCGCCUCAAGAUAGUGGCGGCGCCGUCGCCACGGGCCAAGCCAACACCGAGGAAGUUGGUGAACACGAGGCGAGCAGUGGGGACGACACACUGCACAGCUUGGCUAACAUUUUGAUGGAAACAUUCUGGGAGGUGCAGAAGUGGGCGGAGCUGACUGACUCAAAGGUGCUGAUGUUUUCCUACAAACACGCCCUCGUGAACAAGAUGUACGGCAGAGCCUUAAAAUAUGCCUCCAAAAUGGUGGAGGAGAAACCCAGCAAAGACAACAUGAAGAACUGCAUCCAACUGAUGCGUCACCUCAAAUGGAUGCACUGUGCCACCUUCACUGAAAACUGGCUCCCUGUCAUGUACCCCGCAGACUACAGUCCCUUCUAGAAACCACAAACACUGCACACCCGCACACGCUCCAACACACUGAAGCAUCAGUAUCACACCCCCUCAGGGUCAUUUGGAGAGAGUACCUUUUUCUUUUUCUUGGACAAUGAAGGACAGUGUGGAGUUAACUGGUUAUUUCUAAGGGACUCAUUGAGGAUCUGUCCUUUGUUUCAAGUGCCACAAGCAGCACAACAACAAAUAAGUAAAUUAAUGGACCUUUUUUUUCCCGUUCAAAUCUCUUCAAGUCAACAAUUUGUAGUUGAUACUGUAGUUCAGUAUGUUUUGGAGUCUGCUGUCAUCUACAUAUUUGUGCUCAUAGACAUCAGUUUUCACUUUAUCUCCAUAUUUUCCUCCAGUCCUCAAUAUCAAGGAAUCACCCCACGUCUUUGUGCCAUGCUUACCGGGACGUAAAGUUCACUUUUGGACUUCUAGGAUCUGACUGUACUAAAAAGAAGAGACCUCAGAACUGAUGCAGGGCUGUGGUGCCUUGCAUCCAUUUACCUUUACUGAUAUGAGGGGGAGGAGAAGUGGUUGGACUGGAAUUGAGUGAUUUUUUUGUUUUUUUUUGUUUUUGUUUCCCUCAUCAAUCCACACUCAAAGCAGCAUAAAGAUGGUCCGCUUAUCGGCCAGAGCUUCAUUUUGCGUCACACCGUGCCGCAGGAUCAGCUGAGCUGCGGCACGUGACCACCUAACGGAGCUCAGCCGUGGCAUGUUACGAACUUCACUUGUACACGUUCACUCGCUCUUAGAUAUGUUUUCUGUGCAGCAUUUAAAAUGUUGCUUGUGUACACAGAGACCUAAAAUAUGUACAUAUACACAUAACAAAGCAUAAUAUGAUGCAAUAAGUAUAUAGUGUAAUACAAAUAUUCCAAUUGAUGUAUUUAGCAUAUAAGCAUGUCUUGUAGAAUUUCAGGAAACAUGAUUUUAUUUGGAAGGAAAUUUUAGUUUGAAUCAUUUUAAAAUCUCACAUUUGUCAUUUUCAUAGGUGUGUGUGUAAGUGAAUUACUGUUUGUUUUUUCAUGAGCAUCAACAGCAUUGAAGGAUAGUGUGAGUAAUUUGCUUCAAAUGAGUCAGUUUUUGUUUUUGCAUGUUUUUGAUAUUUUACCUCAACUUACUAUUAUUUUAUAAAUCUCAGCUGGCCAUUUUGCAUAUGGUGCAGUUGUUUGACCUUUGGAUGUACUUUUCUCAUCAAUUUUCCAUCCAUUUCUUUAUAAAUUUAUGACAUGAA